UCAUGCUGCUGCCAGGUCCAGAGUCUCUCAUGGGUCCCUGUACGGCCUCCCAUUGCUGCUGUCUCCAUCGCCACACUCUGCCAUGUGCCACUUUCAGGUCUCCUCACACUGCUGGUGUGUUCCAUUUUUUGUCAUAGGGUGCUGGCAGAUUACGGGCCUCCCAUAGCUGCUGCCAGGCCCCUAAUCUGCCAUGGGCCCCUGUACCGCCUCCUCAUGCUGCUGCUGCCAGGUCCAGAGUCUCUCAUGGGUCCCUGUACGGCCUCCCAUUGCUGCUGUCUCCAUCGCCACACUCUGCCAUGUGCCACUUUCAGGUCUCCUCACACACUGCUGGUGUGUUCCAUUUUUUGU